ACCCCUCUUCUUCCCCCCCAUCUCUCUUCCGCCCGCUCCCAUCCUUUUUCUCAUUCUCCAACGCUACUCCUAUUGCCAACUCGGUGAACCUGCUAAGGUCACAAAUAAAACCAACCCCACGAUACUUUGAAGCAUCGUAUUUCGCCGACCGGGGCCUGACAAAACAUGGCAGACACUAUUAUUCAAUCCGACAGCGGAGCUAACCCUGGCACUAUCGAACUCAAAAAGAACACCACAAUCAUUGUCCUCGGUGCAUCUGGCGACUUGGCUAAGAAGAAGACUUUUCCCGCUCUCUUUGGUUUGCACAGAAACAACUUCCUUCCACAAGACUGUAAGAUAGUUGGAUAUGCAAGAACCAAAAUGGACGGGAAGGAAUACCUUUCUCGAGUCAAAUCAUACAUCAAGACCCCUACCAAGGAAAUGGAGGAACAGCUGGAAACAUUCAUGAAAAAGUGUUCUUACGUUUCCGGUCAGUACGACCAGGACGAAUCGUUCAUACGGCUUCGUGAUCACCUCGACGACCUUGAGGCAGGGCGUCCAGAGAAUCAUCGUAUUUUCUACAUGGCACUACCCCCCAGUGUCUUUACCACUGUUUCUCAGCACUUGAAGAAGAAUUGCUACCCAGACAGGGGAAUUGCGAGACUUAUUGUUGAGAAACCAUUUGGUAAAGAUUUGCAGAGCUCCAGGGACCUCCAGAAGUCUCUCGAACCUGACUGGAAGGAGGAGGAAAUUUUCCGCAUCGACCAUUACCUUGGAAAGGAGAUGGUUAAAAAUUUGCUCAUUUUGAGAUUCGGUAACGAGUUCUUUGGUGCCACAUGGAAUAGAAACCAUAUCGACAACAUUCAGAUCACCUUCAAGGAGCCCUUUGGAACUGAAGGACGUGGGGGUUACUUCGAUGAUUUUGGGAUCAUUCGCGAUGUUAUGCAGAAUCAUCUUCUCCAGGUAUUGACUAUUAUUGGGAUGGAACGUCCAAUUUCGUUUUCCGCUGAAGAUAUCCGCGAUGAGAAGGUCAGAGUUCUUCGAGGAAUUCCAGCUAUUGAGCCCAAGAAUGUCAUCAUUGGCCAAUACGGGAAAUCGCUUGAUGGCAGCAAGCCUGGGUAUCUGGAUGACGACACUGUCCCUAAGGAUAGCAGAUGUCCAACAUUCUGUGCUUUGGCUGUCUAUAUCAAGAACGAGAGAUGGGACGGUGUUCCAUUCAUCCUGAAGGCUGGAAAAGCCCUGAACGAGCAGAAGACCGAAAUAAGAAUCCAGUUUAAGGACGUCACCAGCGGUAUCUUCAAGGACAUCCCCCGCAAUGAGCUUGUCAUUCGUGUCCAGCCCAACGAGAGUGUCUAUAUUAAGAUGAACUCGAAGCUGCCUGGAUUAAGUAUGCAAACUGCUGUCACUGAACUUGAUCUUACCUAUAGACGCCGUUUCAGUGAUCUCAAAAUCCCAGAGGCAUACGAGGCACUUAUUCUCGACGCUUUGAAGGGCGACCAUUCUAACUUUGUCCGCGAUGAUGAAUUGGACGCAAGCUGGAGAAUUUUCACCCCUCUCUUGCAUUACCUCGACGAGAACAAAGAGAUUAUUCCAAUGGAAUACCCAUACGGUUCACGUGGGCCGGCAGUUUUGGAUGACUUCACCGCGUCUUACGGAUAUAAGUUUAACGAUCUUGGAGGAUAUCAGUGGCCUGUACAGAGCACUGCUCCUCACAAGCUCUAGCCAGGGUUUUUCCUUUUCCAAUGUGAUGGCUUUAAAACCUUCCGCAAAAAUGCCAGGAACCUUUUACCACAUCCUGACCAUGAAUCUCGUGGCAUGAGUGUUAUUUCUCUUUUUGGAUCACAGCGACUUGACCGAACCACUAGUUUUCAAUGUUAGAAAUUACCACUUUUGUUUCUUUUCCUUUUUUUUUUUCCUUUUCUCUUUUUUUUCCGGUUUUUCGUUUGUGCCUUUCCUGCUGUGGCUUUUAUGUCGUAGGGCCUUUUUCAUUCUUCUGCUUGAAUAGCAAUUGUACUUUAAACAUCACAAUUGCAUACCGAUUAUCCUGG